UUACUUAAUUUCCAAAAGCCACCAAUUUGUUUUCCUUUUUCUCUACUGAACUUUUCUCUCUCUCUCUCUCUCUCUCUCAUCUGGUGCUUUCCUCCGCCGGAAAACCCACCGGCGGCGAUAUUACACAAGUAAACCUAGACUCCCACUCCCACCCUUCUAGAAGCUUCUUCUAGAAAACGCAGUAUGGGAAACUGCAACGUGUGUGCGAAAGCUGAUGUGGUGGAAGACAAUAGCAAGAAGUCGAGCGACGGCAACCGCGCCCGGAAAAAGGAGGCGAACCAGAAAAAGCCGAACCCAUUUUCGGACGAACCGGGGCGGUCGGCGGCGCCGAUCCGCGUUCUGAAGGAUGUGAUUCCAAUGAGCCACAGGACGCGCAUAAGCGAUAAGUACAUAUUGGGCCGGGAAUUGGGCCGGGGUGAGUUCGGUAUCACCUACCUCUGCACGGACCGGGAAACCAAGGAGGCGUUGGCCUGCAAAUCGAUCUCGAAGAGGAAGCUGCGAACCGCCGUGGACAUCGAGGACGUGCGGCGCGAGGUGGCUAUCAUGUCCACGCUUCCGGAGCAUCCCAACGUGGUGAAGCUCAAGGCUACCUACGAGGACAACGAGAACGUGCACCUCGUGAUGGAGCUCUGCGAGGGAGGAGAACUUUUCGACAGAAUCGUCGCCCGAGGACACUACAGCGAGCGUGCGGCCGCCGCCGUGGCGCGCACCAUCGCUGAAGUCGUGAGGAUGUGCCAUAGCAAUGGCGUCAUGCACAGAGACCUUAAGCCUGAGAACUUCCUCUUCGCGAAUAAGAAGGAAAAUUCCGCUCUCAAAGCCAUCGAUUUUGGCCUCUCCGUGUUCUUCAAACCAGGGGAGAGGUUUGCGGAGAUUGUUGGGAGUCCUUACUACAUGGCGCCGGAGGUUCUGAAGCGGAAUUACGGGCCGGAGGUGGAUGUGUGGAGUGCUGGAGUGAUUCUUUACAUUUUGUUGUGUGGGGUGCCCCCGUUUUGGGCAGAGACUGAGCAAGGUGUGGCGUUGGCGAUCUUGAGGGGUGUGAUUGACUUCAAGAGGGAACCUUGGCCGCAGAUAUCGGAGAGUGCCAAGAGCCUUGUGCGCCGAAUGUUGGAGCCUGAUCCUAAAAAGCGUUUGACAGCUGAACAGGUUCUUGAACAUCCCUGGCUGCAAAACGCAAAGAAAGCUCCAAAUGUUCCAUUGGGAGAUAUUGUGAGGUCAAGGCUUAAGCAGUUUUCUGUGAUGAAUAGAUUCAAAAAGAGAGCUCUGCGGGUAAUUGCAGAGCAUUUAUCUGUUGAAGAAGUAGAAAUAAUCAAAGAUAUGUUUACAUUGAUGGAUACUGACAAAGAUGGCAGAGUAACAUAUGAGGAGCUGAAGGCUGGAUUGAGGAAAGUUGGUUCACAAUUGGCUGAGCCAGAGAUAAAGAUGCUGAUGGAAGUGGCUGAUGUUGAUGGGAACGGAGUACUUGACUAUGGAGAGUUUGUAGCUGUUACAAUUCACUUGCAAAAAAUGGAGAACGAUGAGCAUUUCCACAAAGCAUUCAAGUUUUUUGACAAAGAUGGGAGUGGUUAUAUUGAGUCUGGCGAGUUACAAGAAGCAUUAGCAGAUGAGUCAGGAGAAACUGAUGCUGAUGUAUUACAUGAUAUCAUGCGUGAAGUAGACACUGACAAGGAUGGUCGCAUUAGUUACGAGGAGUUCGUCGCAAUGAUGAAGACGGGAACUGACUGGAGAAAAGCGUCCAGGCAAUAUUCAAGAGAGAGAUUCAAGAGUUUAAGCCUAAAUUUGAUGAAGGAUGGCUCGCUUCAGCUUCAUGAUGGAAUUACUGGUCAAGCUGUGGUGGUUUAAGUGUAAACUAAUUAAUUUCUUAAAGUAACCUCAUGCCACGCUCUCACAGUUUCUCAUUUUUCUUGCGUCACUUGUCGUGGUUGGAAGUCUUUGGAAUCUCUCCAUGAAAGCAAGUUCUGGGAAGGUUUGAGUUUUUGUGUUUUAAGAUAUAAUGAUCUUGAGUUGGAGUUGGAUAGCUUAGGUUUCUUAGUUGGCCUGCAGCUUGCCUUGGCUUGGAGGAUUGCAAUUGCAUACUAAAGAUGGUUCAUAGCCUGUCACCAAAAGGUGUGGAGAGCACAUGCUACAGCUACAUACGCCCCAAAAAGUUACAUAUUCUUUGUAUAUCUGUGUUAUAUCUGUGUUUGAUAAUUCCAUUGAUAAAUGUGAUUUUUCUAACUUGUGUGCAGAAAAGCAGUUAUAGGACUUGUCUCAUUGACGAUAUGAACUUGUGAGCAUAUAGAAAGUCUAGGUAUCUGCUAGUUGAAGCAAUUUAAUUUGUCUGAAAGUGUAUUUAUCUCAACUCUUCAUUUCACCUUUUCUCCCCCUUUUGGUUAAA